AUGUUUCUGUAUAAAUUAAUUUUUUUAUUAAUUCUUUUGUUAAAUAAAUAUAAGUUAAUUAAACAAAUUAUAAAAAUUUAAAAAUAAUUUCUUUUUGGUAUUCUUUUUUUUAUUUUUAGCGACUGCAUAAAUAACAAUUUAAUUGGAGCAAAAGGUUCUUCAGACUUAGGAUCUGCUUUAUCAAUGUGCAUUAAUCUGUAGGAUUUGGAAAUCUUUCUUUUUAGUAGUAACAUUAAUGAUAUUGGUGCAUAUGGAUUAAUAUAUGGUUUAGUGAACUGUAUAAAUCUAUCAAUACUGUCACUUAGCCUUCAAGGCAAUUAAAUUGGAAACUAAGGAGCUUCAGAUAUAGGUUUUGCUUUAGUAAAGUUACCAAACCUUCAAAAUCUGAAACUUGGUCUUCAUGAUAAUUAAAUUGGUGCUGAAGGUGCAUUAAAUUUAAUUUCUGGUUUGACAAAGUGUAUUAGCCUCAAGUAUUUGAAACUUCAUCUAUUUUGCAACUAAAUUGGUGGUUUCAAUAUCUCAGAUUUAGAAAAUACUUUUAUAAAGUUAAAUAGAAUUUCGAUGCUAAUUCUCACUCUUGACAAUAACUAAAUUGAAUAGCACGAAGCAUAAAGUAUAUGUUUUACUUUAUCAAAAAUAGAUCAACUCAAUUAUUUAGAUUUCUCUAUCUUUAAAAAUAAUAUCAGCAAGGCUGUGGAAGGCAAAUUAUAUGCUAAGAUUCUCAAAAUGAAGAGAUUAGUUAAAUAAUACUUUAGUAUUUGA